AAUCCAUAGGUAAAAUCUCUGGCUACAUCCUGUCCAGAAGAACUCCAAAAAGGAAAUGUACUAGCUUGGCCAGAUUUCCUGCCAGGACUUGUUGGAAGAGUGAAGAUAGAUUACAAGAGUAUAUUUUGUGCUGACUGUCCAUCUUUGCAAGGAUCCAUACCACAUCUGCGGGCCUCAUCUGCUGAUUUAAAGCCAGGGUCAAAAGUGAGCCUUUCCUGUGACCCAGGCUUCCAGAUAGUGGGAAACUCUGUUCAACACUGCCUUAACCUGGGACAGUGGACACGGCCUUUUCCCCGCUGUGAAAGGAUCAGCUGUGGAGUGCCUCCACCUUUAGAAAAUGGAUUUUAUUCAGCUGAGGACUUUUUUGCUGGCAGUACCGUUACCUAUCACUGCAACAAUGGCUACUAUUUGUUGGGUGACUCCAGGAUGUUGUGCCUGGACAAUGGGAGCUGGAACAGCAUUUCACCAUCUUGCCUUGAUGUUGAUGAAUGCGCUGUGGGAUCAGACUGCGACGAGCAUGCAUCUUGUCUCAACACGAAUGGAUCCUAUGUUUGCACUUGCAUCCCUCCUUACACAGGAGAUGGUAAAAAAUGUACAGAACCGGUGAAGUGCCGUAAUCCAGGAAAUCCAGAGCAUGGCCAUUUAUAUGGGGACACUUACAGUGUUGGCAGUGAAGUAACGUUUUCCUGUGAGGAAGGGUUUCAGCUGAUAGGAGUGACUAAACUUACAUGCAUGGAGUCUGGAGAGUGGAGCCACCCAAUACCGUAUUGUGAAGCUAUAUCCUGUGGUACUCCAGUUAUUCCAGAGAACAGUGCCAUUUGGGGCUCAAAUUUUACAUACCACAAUAAGGUGGUGUACAGAUGCAAUGAUGGAUACAACUUAGUGGGUGAGAAGGAAAUUCUGUGCCUUGCCAGUGGCAUUUGGAAUCAUCCUCCCCCCUCCUGUGAAAUGGUGACUUGUCGUAGCCCACAGGAUAUCAGCAAUGGAAAAUACACACUCACUGGCACAACCUACCUUUCCUCUGUAUCGUACACCUGUGACAAUGGAUACAGCCUUCAGGGACCUUCUGUACUUGUCUGUGCAUCUUCAGGGAACUGGAACAGCACACCACCGGCUUGCAACAUAGUCUCUUGUGGAUCCCCUCCUGCCAUCAAAGAUGCGGUCAUCAGUGGAAAUAACUUUACUUUUGGAAACACGGUCUCUUACACGUGUAAGGAAGGUUAUACGUUAGUUGGUCCUGCAACCAUAGAGUGUUUAGCCAGCGGCAAGUGGAGUGUGAGCCACCAGCAGUGCCUGGCAGUGUCCUGUGAUGAACCACCCCACGUGGAAAAUGCAUCACCCGAGAGCGGCCACCGCCUCUUCGGCGAUAUAGCUUAUUACUUCUGCUCGGAUGGCUACAGCCUGGCUGAUAACUCUCAGCUGCUUUGCAAUGCAGAAGGGAAGUGGGUGCCUCCAGAGGGCAGGGAGAUGCCCCACUGUAUAGCUGAUUUCUGUGAAAAGCCAUCCACUGUCUCAUACAGCAUCCUGGAGUCCAUUAGUAAAGCCAGGUUUGCAGCUGGCUCCAUCGUGAGCUUCAAGUGCAUGGAAGGCUUUGUUCUGAACACUUCGGCCAAGAUCGAGUGCCUUCGGGGAGGCCAGUGGAAUCCUUCUCCUUUGAGCAUCCAGUGCAUCCCCGUUCGCUGCGGAGAGCCUCCCCACAUUAGCAAUGGCUAUGCCAGUGGGGCCAACUACAGCUUCGGAGCAGUGGUGGCUUACAGCUGCAACAAGGGCUUCUACAUCAAGGGAGAGAAGAAGCGGACCUGUGAGGCCACUGGCAACUGGAGUGGCAGUUUGCCCACAUGCCACCCAGUGUCCUGUGGAGAACCACCGCAGCUUGAGAAUGGCUUUAUUAAGGAAACAACUGGACGCUUCUUUGAAAAUCAGGCAAAUUAUCAGUGUGAGUCUGGCUACCAGAUGGUUGGGAGCUCGGUGUUUAUCUGCCAAGCCAAUCGGCAAUGGUACAGUGAAUCACCUCCUUACUGUGUUCCCCUCAGCUGCGGAAAGCCACCACCCAUCCAGCAUGGCUACUCCAAGGGAGAUACUUUUGAUACGGGCUCCAAAGUUGAAUUUUUCUGUGAUGAAGGCUAUGAGCUGAUCGGAGAUAUUUCUUGGACAUGUCAGAAAUCCGGGAAAUGGAGCAAAAAGCAAAGCCCAAAGUGUGUGCCAACAAAAUGUCCAGAACCACCCCUGGCAGAAAACCAACUGGUCUUGAGGGAAGUGACUUACCAAGUUGGUGUUGUGCAGUUCUCCUGCAAGGAGGGUUAUGUUUUGCAUGGCUCCUCUGUACUGAAAUGCUUGCCCUCCCAACAGUGGAAUGAUUCCUUUCCUUUCUGCAAGGUUGUACAGUGUUCUGCACCUCCAUACAUCCCCUUUGGUGACCCCUUGACAUCAUCUCUUCAUUUUGGUAGCACUGUGAAAUACAUCUGUGUGGAUGGGUUUUUACUGAAGGGUGAGUCUACCAUCAGAUGCCAGGCUGAUGGCUCAUGGAGCUUGCCUUUGCCAGAAUGUAUUCCUGUGGAGUGCCCCCAGCCAGAAGAGAUUCAGAAUGGCAUUGUUGAUGUGCAGGGCCUCACCUUCCUUAGCACAGCUCUCUAUACAUGUAAACCAGGCUUCGAACUGGUGGGGAACACAACUAUCCUUUGUGGAGAAGAUGGCCAGUGGCUUGGAGGAAGGCCAGCUUGCAAACCUAUUCAAUGUCCACAGCCUAAGAAGAUCCUCAAUGGCAAAUACUCAUUCACAAACUUCCAUUAUGGGCAGACUGUUAGGUAUUCCUGUGACAGAGGUUUCCAGCUCCGAGGGGAGGAAACGCUGAGAUGCCUGGAGACAGGGGAGUGGAGUACAGAGGUUCCCUCCUGCAAAGCCAUAAAUUGCCAGCCCCCUCAGCCCAUUGAGAAUGGCUUUGUGGAGGGUGCAGAUUAUAGCUAUGGGGCCAUGGUAAUUUACAGCUGUGUGCCAGGCUUCCAGCUGUCUGGCCUUGCCAUGCAGACCUGUGAAGAAUCGGGCUGGUCUAGCUCCACACCAGCCUGCCUUCCAACAGACUGCGGCCUGCCUCCUCACAUUGACUUUGGGGAAUACAUGCAGGUGAAACAUGAGGAAAGACAUUCUGACCAGGAGAGUGUUACAGAGAGUCCCUCCCUUUCACAUAUCUUACUGGCUGACGAUUUGAAAGACUUCAAAAGUUCCUUGAAGGAGGACAGUGCAAUGCAGCUCACCACUUUCUUAUUUGGAACUAUCAUUUUAUACACAUGUUACUCUGGCUACGAGCUGCUGGGAAACCCUGUUCUAGCUUGCCAAGAAGAUGGGGCUUGGAAUGGCACUGCCCCUGCCUGCCUUUCAAUAGAGUGCACCUUGCUGUCACCCCCAGAGAAUGGUUUUCUACAUUUCACUGAGAACACGCUUGGUAGCGCGGUGCAGUACACCUGUAAGCCAGGGUUCACUCUUGUUGGCUCCGACACACGACUAUGUUUGACAAGUCGGCAGUGGAGUAACACUGCUCCAUACUGCAAAGCAGUAACGUGCAGCUCACCUACCCAGCUUAUGAAUGGGAACAUAAAAGGGGAAAACUACACAUAUGGGAGUGUUGUCUACUACGAGUGUGAUCCUGGAUACCAGUUAAAUGGUCCCACAGAGAGGAGAUGCCAAGAGAACCAGAAAUGGGACGGCAGUGAACCGAUUUGCAUUCCUGUUUCCUGCAGCCCACCUCCAGUUUUGGAGAAUGGUCAGGUGAUUGGAGAGGAGUACACGUUCCAGAGACGUACAGAAUACAGCUGCAACGAAGGUUUCCUGUUAGAUGGGGACAGGAGCAGAGUCUGCCUUGCAAACGGAAGCUGGAGUGGAAUUGCUCCAGUUUGCAAAGCUGUGACCUGCCCUGUGCCACUGCCUCUUUCCAAUGGGAGAACUAGUGGCUCAGAUUUUGGCUUUAAGAAAGAAGUACACUAUCACUGCAAUGAAGGAUAUAGCCUGCAAGGAGUGUCUAUGCUUACCUGUCAGAGUGAUGGUACCUGGGAUUCAGAAGCUCCACACUGUGAGCCAGUCAUUUGUGGACCUCCUGAAGACAUCUCCCAUGGCUUUCUUAACGGCUCAGGCUUUACCUAUGGGGAAUUUGCCCAGUAUGUGUGCUUCCCUGGUUAUGAGCUGCAUGGCAGUCCUUUACGGCAGUGUUUGUCCAAUGGCUCCUGGAGUGGAAGCCUUCCAUCUUGCCUACCCUGUCUGUGUCCUGCACCACAGAUUCAAAAUGGGGUCAUUCUUGGUAAAGAUUUCAGCUGUGGGAAAAGUGCCCAGUUUCAAUGCCUGGAGGGCUUCAAACUGCUAGGGCCUUCUGAAGUCACCUGUGAGGCAGCUGGCAAGUGGAGUUCUGGGUUUCCUCGCUGCGGGCAGAUUUCCUGCGGCUCUCCACCCAUCAUCCCCAAUGCAUUUAUCAACGGGAGCAGCUCUGCAGAUGAGAACACCAUCAUCUAUACCUGCUUGGCAGGUUUCGUCAUGCAGGGGAGUCCAGAACUGACUUGCAUGGAGACUGGUGUCUGGAAGAAGCCAUACCCAAGCUGUGAGCUGUUAAGCUGUGGCCCACCACCCUCUGUCCCAAACGCAGAGGUUCUUGGGAACACAUACACCUAUGGGAGCAAGGUCCAGUACAGAUGCCUGGAAGGCUACACAAUGGUGACAGAGGUGGAUGUGUGCAUUUGCCAGGAAGAUGGACAGUGGUCUCCUCAAAGUAUUUCCUGUUGCCCCAGAAAGUGUCCGCUCCUAGGAAAUACAACCCAUGUAAUCAUACUUGGGGACAACUUCACUGUGAACACAAGCAUCACUUUGUCAUGUGUAGAAGGCUAUACUUUGGUGGGAGCAAGCACAUCUACAUGCAAG